AUGGUGCGGAGCACCGAGGGGGUCGUCGCGGCGAUCCGGUCGAUGAUGCGGUUGUUCCGCAGCGUCAUCGCGCUCCACGGACAGACAGGCGACGCCUGGGACCCGGAGCUGGAGCCGGAGCUCGGGAGCUCGACGGGAUCGCCGAGGUCGGCGACAAGUCGCACCGUGCUGGAGCCCGAGCUGCGGGCCUUCGCGCGGUGCUGCGUGAUGAAGCGCGCCUGCCUGGCGCUGACCGCGUGGCACAACGGCGCGGCCGCCGCCCUCGAGGCGCUCCGGCACGGGGCGAACCUCCAUAACUGCGUCGUAGUGCUUGGACAGCUGCUCUUCAGCGAGCAGAUCACCCCAGGCUCCAUCUCCUACAAGCAGAGCGUGUACCCAACCACCCAGGUGGACAAGGCCGCCAUCGUCAACAUCGUUCUGCGGGGCGUGCUCGACCUCCAGAAGCUUUCGGACCACCUGGGGGUCCAGGAGGUGGCGGGCGCCGCCGUCGGCCAGGCGGGCGCCACCUACGCGCAGCUGCUGCAGGCCACGCAGGCGUCCCUGGACGUGGCGGCAAAGAUGAACCUCGUCGAGCCCAUGCCCGAGGAGUUCUACUCCCUGUUCCGCAACUACACCCACUCCCUCACUGGCGUGGUGUACCCCAUGAUCAAGAGCCGCGAGGACGCCAUCCGGGCCGAGCUUGAGGCAGUGAAGCAGCACCUGCGCACAAACAAGGAACUGCUGCAGGCCGACAAGCGGGGGGGCGAGGAACUGUACGCGGACGCCACACGCGCUGUCGAGAUGCUGAUAGCGUUCUGGCGCAACGAGGUGGCGCUGUUCACGGAGGUGCACAACGGCAACACGCUGCGGGCAUGGCGCGCCAGGUUGCGAGACCAGAUGAAGGCGAAGGUGCCCGUAGCCGCGCGCCCCGCCGAGCAGGAGCAUGACGCGAACUUCCGCCCGAAGGCGCCAACCCCCGCGCAGCUGGACGACUGGGCCGCGGUGCUGCGCGCCGAGCGCGCCGUCGUCGGCGGCUUCGCUCUGACCGACUCCGAGCGCUCGGCCUCGGUGUUCUUCUCAUCGGGGUCACCUCGCGAGCCACAUCGCGGAGCGAUGUCGAUGCGCUGA